AUGACCAAGGUUUCCGACUCUUCUUCGGCCGACGGAUCUACCGGAUGGUUCAAGGUCUAUCAAGAUGGAUGGGCCGCCGCGGCUGGCAGUGCCAAUGGAGAUGGGGACUAUUGGGGAUCGAAAGACAUGAACACUUGCUGCGGCAAAGUUCAAGUCAAGAUCCCCUCGGAUAUCCCAGCUGGGGACUACUUGCUUCGGGCCGAGGCGAUUGCCCUUCACGCAGCAGGCUCCAGCGGUGGUGCUCAGCUGUACAUGACAUGCUUCCAGCUGACUGUCACCGGCGGCGGGAGUGCCUCGCCUGGAACAGUUUCAUUCCCUGGAGCAUACAAGGCUUCUGACGCUGGUCUGCUCAUUGACAUUCACAGAGCCCUGAAUACCUAUGUCGUGCCGGGGCCUACAGUCUACGCUGGCGGUUCGACCAAGAGUGCCGGAUCUGGUUGCGUCGGGUGUGAGUCGACGUGCACCGCUGGCUCCGGGCCUACCGGAACGGCCUCCAGCGUUCCCCAGCCGAGCACGACUGGCGGUCUUCCGGGAUGCACUGUUGCCAAGUACGGCCAGUGUGGCGUCUGGAUCAACUUGUCAAGCCGUAUCAGCACCUUACUAUUACCAGUGCGCGUAAGUCUCAAGGAUCCUGCUAGAUAA